CCCCUUAAUAUCUUGUUCAUGUGGAUGAUUCUUGAUUCAAUCAUGGUUCGUCUUUUGAAUCAUGUAUAACUAAUCCUGGUAUAAUUUAAUACACCAAUUACUAGUUACUACUCCUUCCGUUCCACUUUGUUUGGCACUAUUUCCUUAUUAGUUCAUUCUAAAAAGACAGACACAUUCCUAUAUUUCCUUAGCGAGAAGCUUUCAUAGCCACGUAAAUGCUACAACAUGUUUAAGAACACGAGUUUUAAAAGUUUUAUAACCACACAAAUAUAAUGACAUAAGUAUUUAAGUUAUAAGUUUCAAAAUGUUUGAAAUUUUUUGGGAUGGAGGGGGAGGAGCAAUCUUAAAUUGUCAAAGUCUCUUUGAAGAACUUUGCACAGCAAAUGGACAAACUUAUAAGGUCCUCUCAUUUUAAUGUUCUCACCCACGCACACUGCCAACUAACUUCACAGUCCGCUCUUCACACCACACUUUAAGCACUAUUUAUAUCUCAAACUCUUGCCCAAUAUUUUGAAAACAUCACCUAUUUAAUUAGCUUCUUAAUUUCCUCUCUCUAUAAUUGCAUUUUCUGUUUCUAAUUCUUCUUUGAUCAUGGCUGAAAAUGAUGUGAAACUAUUAGGAUCAUGGCCUAGUACAUUUGUCAUGAGGCCUCGGAUAGCCCUUAACAUAAAAUCUGUGGACUAUGAUUUCUUGGAGGAACAAAUUGCUUCAAAAGGUGAGCUUCUCCUUAAAUCAAAUCCAGUUUACAAGAAAAUCCCAGUUCUAAUUCAUUAUGGAAAGCCCAUUUGUGAAUCUCUCAUCAUUGUUCAGUAUAUUGAUGAAUAUUGGAGUUCUGGUCCCUCUAUUUUUCCCUCUGAUCCUUGUGAUCGUGCCAUUGCCCGCUUUUGGGCCUGUUAUAUCGACGACAAGUGGUUUCCAUUACUUCGUCGCUUAGUGGUAGCCCAAGGAGACGACGCCAUAAAGGCAGCACUGUAUCCUGUGGUCGAAGGUCUGGUGUUGUUGGAAGAUGCCUUCAAAAAUUGCAGCAAAGGCAAUAAGUUUUUUGGCGGAGACAAAAUCGGAUACGUUGACAUUGCACUUGGCUGCUUCUUGGGUUGGAUGAGCGUGACUGAGAAGAUGAACAACAUAAAGCUGCUCGAUGAAGCCAAGAUUCCACGUCUAUACAAAUGGGCUGGAGAUUUUUGUGCUGAUAGUGCUGUCAAAGAUGUCAUGCCUGAAACUGAUAAGCUUGCUGAGGCUGCUAAGGCCCUUCUACCCAAAAUUAGAGCUGACGCUUCUAGCUAAAUCUGUACCGUCUUCUUCUUUCAAGAUAUGCUUAGCCUAUGAAGUCUUGGUAUCUAUUUUUAAUCUCUAGCUAAGACCAUAUAUAUGAAAACAACAUUUGGCCUUUGAAAGGGAUAAUAUACCUUUUGUAAUAAAUUACUCUGAACUGCGUACAUGAAGCCAAGAACUACACUAUCUGUUGGUUAACUCUA